AUGGAUCCAGACGCGUUGGCCAAGGCAUUCGUCGAGCAUUACUACAGCACCUUCGACACUAACCGUCCCGGUCUCGCAUCUCUCUACCAGGAAGGUUCUAUGCUCACCUUCGAAGGUCAGAAGAUUCAGGGCUCUCAGAAUAUCGUUGCCAAACUCACUUCUCUCCCUUUUCAGCAGUGUCAUCACUCCAUCACUACCGUUGAUUGUCAGCCAUCUGGCGUUAACGGUGGAAUGCUUGUUUUCGUCAGCGGGAAUCUCCAGCUGGCCGGCGAACAGCACACCCUUAAGUUCAGUCAGAUGUUCCAUUUGAUACCAACACCGCAAGGAAGCUAUUAUGUGUUGAAUGACGUAUUCCGGUUGAACUAUGCAUGA